ACAGUAACGAACAGUCGCCAAUGCAGUGAUGUAGGCAGUGGUAUAUAUGAGCCUGCACCUGGCAACGCAUCGCAUAGAUCGAUCACAGAGGUGAGCGUUAGUACCGUCGUGUCGCUGUCCACUCACAGUUGAAUGUACCUCACAGUGAGAACGUGAUCAUUUCGCGUCUUUAAGUAAAGCAGCCUCGUGUCCUGAUUAUGGAAGUGAUGGGUAGUUCUGUGGACGACGUGCCUCUCACUUGUGUUUCAAUAAAAAGGCGAGAUGAAAGGAAAACAUUAAGUUAUUUGCCAAACCGGCCGCCAGUUGAUAUCGAGUUUACAGAUCUGUCGUACACAGUGCCACAAGGCAGGAAAGGAAAGAAGAUCAUUCUGAGAAGCGUGAGCGGCCUCUUCAGGUCUGGACAACUCACAGCCAUUCUAGGCCCUUCCGGGGCUGGCAAGAGCACGCUGCUGAACGUUCUGGCCGGGUACAGAUAUGCAGGAGCUACAGGAAGCGUCUUGGUAAAUGGGCAGCCACGGAACAUGGUCCAGUUUCAGAAGAUGUCUCGCUACAUAAUGCAGCAGGACCUGGUACAGCCACACCUCUCGGUGCACGAGGCCAUGAGAAUAGCUGCUGACCUCAAGCUUGGUAGCGAGCUUACAAAGAAACAAAAACUUACACUUGUGGAUGAGAUCAUAGAAAUGCUGUUACUUGUGAAAGCAAAGAACACAAAAACAAGUCGGUUGUCGGGUGGUGAGAGGAAACGCCUGUCCAUUGCUCUGGAACUAAUAAACAACCCUCCAGUCAUAUUCUUGGAUGAACCAACCACUGGACUGGAUGAUCUGUCAAGUUCCCAGUGCAUCUCUCUGCUGAAGAUGUUGGCUCAAGGUGGCCGAACAGUCAUCUGCUCAGUACACACUCCCAGUGCCAAACUGUUUGCAAUGUUUGACCAUGUGUAUGUAGUGGCUGCAGGACAGUGUGUGUUCCAGGGUUCAGGAGCAGAUAUUGUGCCAUUCCUGUAUACUGUGGGAAUUGAGUGCCCAACACAUUACAAUCCUGCUGACUUCGUUAUUGAAGUAUCGAGUGGUGAAUAUGGAGACUUCUUAGAGAAAAUGGUUGCUGCGGUGGAUAAUGGGCAUUGUUAUUGUUGGUCACAACGCUACACAGGCUCAGCAAGUCACUGUAAAAUAGAGGCAAAUGAUCCCACAGAAGAUGAUCAUAAAUUAGAUUUCAGCAGUUCAUGUUGGCAGCAGAUCAGAACAUUAACAUGUCGGAUGCUACUUCAGAUGUACAGGGAUAGGAGUUAUUUGUACCUUCAAGGGCUGAUGUACUUAUUCCUAAUAUUUAUUAUUGGAAGCUUAUAUUAUAACAUGGGCUUUGAUGGGGCAAAGCAACUGUACAACUUUGGUUUCUGCUACACCUGUAUCAUCGUGUUUCUGUACCUGCCAAUGCUUCCAGUCCUUCUGCAUUUUCCGUCUGAAGUGCAGCUUCUCAAACGAGAACAUUUUAAUCGAUGGUACAGCCUCCGUGCAUAUUUCUGUGCGUUAUCCAUUGCAAAGUUGCCUUUACAGAUUUUCAUCGGCACAGUUUAUGUUUGCUCUGUGUACUGGAUUUCAAACCAGCCACUUGAGUUGGCUCGACUGUGCCAAUUCCUUGUUAUCUGCCUCCUGAUUGGCUUUGUUUCUGAGAACCUUGGUUUAACCAUAUCAUCUAGGCUUGAUAUUGUUAACAGUAUUUUUAUUGGACCAGUAUUGUCAGUUCCGCUAAUGCUGUUUGCGGUUUAUGGAAUGGGUGCUGGUACUACCAGCAUUCCGAUCUACAUGCGAGUACUUAUGUGCCUGAGUUAUCUGCGCUUUGGGUUUGAAGGCCUCAUGUAUGCCGUAUAUGGUAAUGAUCGGUCCAUGAUGCCCUGUCCUCCUGAAGAGAUAUACUGCCACUUUCGCAGCCCAAAGACUCUUCUCCUUGAGACUGGCAUGGAGAAUUCGAACAUAUGGGUGGCUGUUCUAGCACUUACAGCAUACAUGAUAUUCUUUAAAGCUAUGAGUUAUUUCUUGCUACGCUGGAGGUUGUCACGACAUCGUGACUUUGCUGCUCUCAACUAUGUUGGUCGAAUAAUCAAGACACAUUUCAAUUUCACACAACAGCACAAGUGAUGGAUCUAUGUUUCACUGGGUGGUAGCCAUAUUUUGGAUUUAAGCACAUGCUUUAAGCAAUCGAAUUGUAAUUGGACUGAAAUAAUCAGCCUUUCCUUGCUGGAUUUCAGGUUUUUGAGGCAGUGACUGUGAAGAGUACAGUAUCCUGUGUUGUAAUGACAUGUAAUUUGGAGAAAGCUUGGCAAGUCAAGCAAGAAACCAGCAGCAGCAGCACCACAGGCCUUGGGUUGCAGAUGGUGUGUUUCUGCGAAAUGCCAGGCUGUCUCUGAACUACAUGGUGUUACAUCUCAGAAGACUGCAGUCUUCAUAAUCCUUUCCUUGUCUGCUGUGAUAUGUAUCUGUUAUUUCAUGAAUGUUGGACUGAGUUAAGAAUUCUUGAUGAUAUGUUGUACAUAUGCUCUCUAAUUUGUGUUUUAACUGACAUGAUAUUUUGUUGAACUUGAAGUAUUUGUUGUUAAGGAAAAAAAUUCAUUCUCUGCUGUCACAAAGUUUCUUUGAUCGAUUGAAUGAAUGAUUCCUUCUUGAAGCUUUUCUGUACCAGUAUUUGUUUCAUUUUAAAUUAAAAUAAUGAAAAUUAAUUGUC